CGAAGAGAACAAAAAAUCUUCACUAUAAUUAUAAUCCUAAGUACUGCCUACAUAAGGAGACCACUACUUUAUUUAUUUUACACACAUACAUACGUACAUCUCAGAGAACCAUGCAAGUCAAUUUGGAAUAAUUUUUCGAAAUCAACGAUGCAUUUAUGUACCUAUGUAUGUUUGCAUAUGGAGAUAAAGAAAAAACGCAAUUACGUAAUAGUAAUUGCGAAGGAAGGGUUUUCGGCCAGGUCAAGCUUUUAUUAUUUUUCUCUCGAGCAAACGAUGGGGAAAAUUUAGCAAAACUUGGUUCCUUUCUUUUUUUUUCCACAAAUACAGUACAUUUCGAAAAUUUUCUGUAUGUAUGUAUGCAGCAGUAUAUAGUGGUGGUAGGGAGCAGAGAAUUUGAAAAAGGCGAUGACACAAAGGCAACAUAUGAAGAUGUGAGAGGGACAGAGACAGACAAAUUAUUCGUAUGAAUACGAAUACACACAAAUACCAAUGAAGACUGCGAAAUAGCAAUGAGAUACCUACCAGCCAAGCGAUUACGAGGAAAACGUUGAAAUUCAAUUACGCGUUGUUUGCCAGAUUACGUUUUUAAAAUGUAAAAGAUAUUGGCUAUAGCUUUAGUCCAUGCAAGCAAAUGUUGAAAAAUAAUAAGCGAUGCUUAUGAAGUAUUCAAAUACUGCAUAAAAUAAUAGUCAAUAGUUGUCCGAUAAUUUCAAGUGGACGAGAGCUAAGAAGCAGCUGCUAAAGAAAAGUUGGGGCUAUUUCUGUUAAGUGUGUUUUAUGUCCCCCUAAAAAAUAUCCGAAAUAAGCAAGUGUUUAUUUAAAAAAAUUUAUAACUGCAGGAUUCAAUGUUAUAAACAAGUGGUAAUGUUGUGUAAUAAAUAAACCUGUAUUUGACAUCAGUCCCAUGCAUAAGCCAUAACAUACUCGAUGUCCCUUUAAAAAAACAACAACAACAAACCAUAAGUUGAAACAAACAUCAUUCCAAUUGCCAAAUAGAACACAAAAAUGUCACAGCUAGAAACAGAAAUGUUGCCCAAACCACAUGAUGAUGAAGAGGUUGCAGAUGCUGUCGAUGAAGAAGAAAUGGAAGAUGGUGAAAUUGAUGAUAGCGAUGAAGAAGCUAAACCCGAUGAUGAUGUAGUUAUUAUUAUUAAAGACUCACCGACUGGUGAUAUUCAAAAAAUACCACAAAAUUCCUCCCCCAACAAUGUCAACAUAAAUGCUAACAAAACUAAACUAGACAUAAUUCCUUCACUUAAUGAGCCAGCUGCAAAUGUUGUGGCCGCGCUGGCGCAACAACCAUUGGCACAGAAAUCUAAAAAACCCCAACCAACAGAAGAUGAUUAUGCCAUUAACAUUGAACAGGCCAUUGCCAAUGCCCUCAAGAAGAAGGGCAUUGAGCCAACAAUGCCAAAAAUCUUAGAAGCCAAACUUCAACAACAAAAUGAACACAGUGAUGAAUCUGGCCCUGCUGCAGGGCAGGGACAAAGUAAAAGUAGUCGCAGGCGCAAGCGUAAACGACAGCGAGAGGAAAAGGAAAAGGAGAAAGAAAAGGAACGUUUGGAGAAGCGUAAACGCCAGGAAGCCGUCAAUGAUCCUUUGGGUCCUCCCCCGCUUGGUGAUGAAAUGGACAUGGACGAAUUCGAAAUGAUGAAUGUUCGUGGUGGUAGUCCACCUCCACUGCCAGCCCUACCUCCUCCGCCACCGGUACACAUCUAUGACGAUUAUGAUUCACGCGAUGAAUCCGGCUCUUCCUAUGACAGUUACGAUAGCAAUGGCGAAGGCAGCAAUGGAGAACGCCGAAGACGUCGUAAGAAGGAAUCGCGUAGACGCAAAGAAAAACGUGCUGAAAGACAUGAGAAACGUUCUCGCCGUGAAUCUUUGGAUGAGAAGCAUCGCAAUGAGCCCCGCAAACUGGAAUUGUGUAAAUUCUAUCUUAUGGAGUGCUGUGCCAAGCGGGAUAAAUGCUCGUACAUGCAUGCUGAAUUCCCUUGUAAAUAUUAUUAUCUGGGCAUGGAAUGCACCUCCAAAGAUGAUUGUAAAUUUUCCCAUGGCGAGCCGUUAUCCGAAGAAUUGCGUAACAUUUUGUUAAAGCAUUUGGAGACGGCUCCCAAGGAAAUAUUGGGAAACUUCAAGCGUAUGUCACGUGAGAAUGCCAUUAAUAUGAUAACUAAGCGGCAUGAGGAGUUAUGCAGAAAAUUUAAUGUUCAAAAUGUAUGGUCACCCAUAAAUGCCAAUAGCUUGCCCAUGUCCAAUAAUCGCCGUAACAAUAACAACAAUAAUAAUAACAAUAACAACAGUAAUAAAAAUAAUGACCAUAAUCAACGGCAACAACAACAACAACAACAACAACAACAGCAAAAUUCCAAUAAUUCCUCAAUUCCUUCUUUAUUGGACUUGGUGGUGAAUCCUCCGCAAAAUUUGGAUGCCAACAAAAAUGCAGCAAAUAGCAACAGCGAAACUAAACGCAAAUCUCGUUGGGCUGACAGCAGCGGCAGUCCUUCGGCAGCAGCAGCAGCUGGAGCUGUUAUACAACCACCAUCCAAAUCGGCCCCAAGCUAUUUGGAUUUGAAAAACCUAACCGGUAUUUUAAGCAAUGAGCACAUCGAUAAGCUUUCGCAAAUGGGCAUUGUCAAUUUGGAGCAGGUUAAUCAAUUGACAUUCGGGCAGCUGAAUCAAAUUGGUUUGACCAUUGCUGAAAUCACUGAGAUUCAAUUGAAUGCCAUGAAUAUGGCAAAAGUCACAAGUAGUGGAGCAUUGCCACCAUUAAAGCAAAACCUAAUCAAGAACUCAGUGAGUGGAGGAAACUCUUCGCCUAAGUCUCAGGAACUUGGCAAAACUUCUAAUGGGGAUGUGGAUAUGCGAUUCCUGCCUGAGGUUACAGCCAGCACUUCCUCAACUGCUGCUAUGGAGGGCCCUGAUAAGGAUGUUACCACCUCAUCAAAUUCCAACAGCAGUGGUGUGGUCAUGGUUGACUACUCUCAAUAUCUAAAAGACUCUAAUCUCUCCUUUGAUAAAGGAGAUAUUUAUGAUGACGAAAAAGACGAUGAGCAGCUGGUCAUAGACGAUGGUAAUCUAGACACUGAAGAACAAGCGCAAAAAUCUUCCAGCCUUGAUUUGGCCUCACAGCAACUACAGACUGAAAAUAACAUCAAUACUCAUCAAUCAUAUGAUAAUGGUUUUGCCAACAAACUCCAAAGCACCAUGUCCGAUAUAGUAAAGAACUUCCGCAACCCCUUUAGAUCUGGGGGUUUAUAUGGCUCCGAUGCCAAAUUGCCUGAAGUGCGAGAUACUCAGCGCAAAACCGCCGCCCGUUCCCCUCUAAAUGAUGAUGAUCCGUUUUAUGCUUCCAGCUACACUAAGCGAAGAUAUUCGCGUGAGAGUAGAUCUCGUUCACGCACUCCUCCCGGCUCACAAUCGAAUACCCCUGAGGCCUCACAAUCCCCUGAACCCUUUGACAGACUGAGAUCAGAUGAUGUGGCAUCAAGCGAAAAGGCAAAAGUUGUUUAUGAAAGAUCUACCAUAUAUGAUUUUAACAACCUUAGCCCAGAGGAUGAAGAUCGCAGGGCGACUAGACUGAAAACCGAUAAGGAUAUGCGUUUUUUGCCUGGUUCACUGCUGGGCGAGUCGUCCACCGGCGAUACGGACCUGCGUUUGCCCUUUCAGCCAAUGACCAACUAUACACCGGCCACUGAAAUCGAUGGUUCCAUAACAUCGCAUCUGCCCAUAACCUAUAAGGUAUACAUUGUGGAUGUGCCCCAGCCCAGCUAUAUGGAUUUGAGGCAACAUUUUAAAUCCGAUCAAACCACAGAUCCAAGACUGAGAAGAAUAUUAGGCUUGCCAGAAUUGUCGCCUUCCCGCACAUCAUCGGCAUUAAGCCGAAAAGUAAGAAAAGCCAGCAAUACCAGCAUAGCAUCACCCUCGGAGACCGAAGAUGCUUCACCUCGUUAUUAUACACCACCCUCGGCGGAGGAUAAAACAAGAAGUUCCUCAUCAAGAAGUGAUCCCAGAACAGAUGCGCGAGGUGCCGAUCCACGGACAUCGGAAAGAGCCAGUGAUCCUAGGUCGCAAAGCGAUCCACGCGCUGCAUCGGACCCACGCUCUUCAGCGUCGGAUCCCCGGCGAAAUGAUCCACGUUCUACUGGGUCAGAGAGCAGCUCGAAUGCCGCCAACCCUGCUGGAGGUCAAAAGCAAAAUAUCGAAAUACGCAAUUUAUUGCAAAAGUCCGAGUGGUACAAAAAUCUUAAUUCAAAAUUCAAGAUAAUGGUUAACCAACAGCUGGCCUUGGUUUCGACAGAGCUAAAAAAAUUCCAUCAAGAUCCAUCGCCCAACAAAAUUUUCGACAUAUCAUUUAUUGUCAAUAAUCAGACAUUGCAGCAGAUCUUAACCAACUUGGGCAUUUUUAUAGACGACAACGGCGAAGUGGCCCAUCUGGAAAGUGAUGGUGAUGAGAGUCGAGAGACCUCACCCCAACGUCAGGAUAUGACAGGUAAUGCUAAAACGAAUAUAACAUUGCCAAAUCUGUCACAGCCCCCGCCCAAUGCUGCUGCUGCUGCACAAAUAAAUCAUAAUAACAACCCGCCGCCUGCCUUGGAUUUCCUAAGAGCUCCACCACCCAAUAUGGUGCCUCAGGGUCCCCCACCCAUAGCCUUGGGACCCAUGUUCCAAAGGCCCCCCAUACAGGUGUCACCAUUUGCUCGCCCCAGCCUCUUGGGUCUGCCCCCCAGCCAGGGCAACCCCAUGAAUCCAUUUAACAAUCCCAUAAACCCCAUGAAUGUGAAUAUAAAUCCCAAUUUUCUUGCCGGCGGCCCGCCAAUGAUGGGACCCUUCGGUGUGGGAGGCGGGGGACCAGGGCCAAACUUUGGCGGCGGCAUGCAAAUGCAGCGUAAUUUCAAUAACAACAAUCAACGCAACAAUCGCAAUCAAAAUAAAAGGAGAAUAUAGCAUACGGCGGAUAGAGCUAGUCCGCAUGAACAUGAAACCACAAAGGCUGGCACCGCUGCGGCCAAGGCCAGUACGAGCACGAGUAGUAGCACCUGCUCUUCAGGAGUUCCGGAAGAGAGCUCUUCUAAGUGAAAUUGUUAACAAUGAUAUUCAUACAUAUAUACCUACAUACAUACAUACACAUAUUGUUUGUAAGAUUUUAACUUUGUUUGCCCUUUUUUUCUUCUUUUCUAGAUUAUGUCUUACUAAGUUUUCUUCUUUUAAUACAUAUAUGUAGUAGUAUAUGCUUCAUAUUUGAAUUAAAGUUUUACUAAGUAAAAACUUAAAAAUAUUUAUAAAUUAAAUUAUAAAAGAAAAACCUAUGGUUUCUUAUUUGAAAAGCUAAAAACUAUCUCUUAGAAAGGAUAAAAGUUCUUUUUGGGCUGUUUUAGAAGUGGUAGGAUCUGUAAAUAUAAGAAAUCUUCUUAGAGAGAGAACAGAAAUAGUAAAGAUUUGUUAGUGCAGUUUGUCUUACUAAUGAGUUGCAUAGGAUUUAAAUAGGUCAAGGCCUUUAGAAGAUUAGAAGUUACAGUGCCGCCAAUGAAUAUGCUACUUUAUUUUGAAGGUAUGAACUAAUAUUUGAUUUAGUAGGAUUUAAAACCUAUGGAUGACACACACCGAGUCAUAUUUGGCAUAGACAUUUUGCACAAUUGUCCAAGAAUAGUAUAUGUCUUAAAUGACUCUGGGGCGACACUGUGAUUUGGGCCUUGGGCUCUCCAUUGUGAUAAUAGACUGAAUGUGUGAGUUCAGUAACAUCUUUACAUAGAAGUUGGGUUUUUUUUAUUAAUCAUCGAUUUACAUGCUAAACAAAAGGUUUUAGGCAUAUGUUUGUUAAGUCAUUUAUUUAGUUUUUUCCUCAUAGCCAAACACAUAAAAAAACCAAUUAUGACCAAGGGUCGACUGAUGUGCAUAAAUGAAAUGAAUGACAAGGUUAUGGAUUAAAAAAAAAUCAUAAUUUUUCAUAUCAAGUACUGAUAUAUUUCUAUAACACAAAACCUUGUCAACUUUUUUAUAGUCCUAUAGUAAAAAGAACAGAAAAUCAUUCCGUAUUCCUAACCUCACUCUCCCCAAUGACUUAAACGACUGAUGUGGAAAUGAUGAGAAAAAUUAUGCUAUUUGUUGCGCCCAUAGCCAACUACCAUUUUCCAUACUUUUGAAGAGAGCUAAAAAAGCACUAUACUCCCAAUUACCGACUGACUGAGAAAAGAAAAUCUUCCCUUUCCACUGAUGUUUUCCAAUUUGAUUUUUUUUCACCCCCCCUACCUAUAUAAAUGAUUGUGUGUUUUAUAUAUCAGACUUCAAUCUAGUUGUUAAGUUAGUUUGUAAUUUAUCUGUUAAGUAAAGCUAUUGUACAUAUAGACUAUUUGAAAACCAGAUAUAUAUAGGCUGUUUUGUUUUAAAAUCCCACUUCUACUUCACUUAAAGCAUAAGACUUAUGUCCAAGUAUCUUAAUCUAUUCUUUCUGUAUAAAACAAACAUACAACACUUUGAAAAUCUUGCAUGAAGAGACAUUUUUUUUUAGAUAAUCUCAUAUGUAAUUGUAACUACAUUGUGAAAAUAUAAAAAAUAAAUUAUUAAAUAGAAUUUA